GUACAUAAAACCCGAAGCUUUGCAGCAGCAGUUUGUGCUGCGGCAGCGGCCCCGGAAGUGUUUGUAAAACGGUUAAAAGCCAGUUGACGUAGGCUAGCUAACGUUAGCUGUCAGCCGGGUUCAGUCAUUGUGCAAGGAUGGAGGUGACACGCCGAAAUUUUAAAGAUUGUUUAAACGCGGUGUACAGCGCGAUAGAGGAAGCUGACUUCCUUGCCAUCGAUGGGGAAUUUUCAGGGAUAAGCGACGGUCCUAAUGUCAGUGCACUAACCAACGGGUUGGACACACCGGAGGAACGAUACACGAAGCUUAAAAAGCACUCAAUGGACUUUCUGCUCUUUCAAUUUGGAUUAUGCACAUUCAAGUACGACUCGACAAAGUCAAAAUAUAUUAUAAAGCCUUUUAAUUUUUAUAUAUUCCCGAAACCAUUCAACAGGACGUCGCCUGACAUUAAGUUCAUCUGUCAAAGUUCCAGUAUUGACUUCCUGGCCAGUCAGGGGUUUGACUUCAACAAGGUGUUCUGUGAUGGAAUCCCAUACCUGAAUCAAGAAGAGGAAGCCCAGCUGAGGGAGCAGACCGAGGAGAGGAGAAAUCAACAUGCAAACGGUGUCGGGACCCCAUCCUACAUCUCCCCAUCCUCUUCCAAGGGCCCUGCACACGUACCUGACGAACAUAAAGAUUUCAUCAACAGGGUCAUAGAAAAAGUUGAGGGCCUCUUCACUAACUCAGAGAAGACUUUGGACUUGGAGCCAUGUACUGGGUUUCAGAGAAAGCUGAUAUACCAGACACUGAACUGGAAGUUUCCCAAGGGGCUUCAUGUGGAAACCAUUGAAACAGAAAAGAAGGAGCGAUACAUCCAGGUCAGCAAAGUCGAUGAAGAGGAGAGGAAGAGGAGGGAACAGCAGAAACUGGAGAGGGAGCAGGAGGAGCUAAAUGAUGCAGUCGGCUUCUCCAGGGUCAUCCAUGCAAUCUCUAAAUCUGGAAAACUUGUGGUUGGCCACAACAUGCUGCUGGACGUGAUGCACACCAUCCAUCAGUUCUACUGCCCUCUGCCAGAGGAUCUUCAAGACUUUAAAGAGGUUACAAUGUGUGUUUUUCCAAGACUUCUGGACACAAAGUUGAUGGCUUCCACUCAGCCUUUCAAGGAGCUGAUCACUAACACUUCUCUGGCAGAGUUGGAGAAACAGCUGAAGGAGAACCCUUUCAAGUCACCACAAGUUGAAACGGCAGCCGGGUUCCCCAGUUAUGACACGGCUCAGGAACAGCUCCACGAGGCUGGUUAUGACGCCUACAUCACUGGCCUCUGUUUCAUCUCAAUGGCCAACUACCUGGGCUCUUUCUUGACUCCUCCCAAAGCGUACAUCUCAGCUCGCUCCAAACUAAUCGAGCCUUUCUUCAACAAGCUCUUCCUGAUGAGGAUAAUCGAUAUUCCCUACCUCAACAUCACAGGACCAGAUUUGCAGCCUAAAAGAGACCAUGUCCUGUAUGUCACCUUCCCCAAAGAAUGGAAGACUAGUGACCUCUACCAGCUGUUCAGUGCCUUUGGAAACAUCCAGGUUUCAUGGAUUGAUGACACAUCAGCAUUUGUGUCCUUAAGUCAGACAGACCAGGUACAGAUAGCUAUGAACACCAGCCGCUAUGCAGAGAGUUACAGGAUCCAGACGUAUGCCGAGUACAUCCAGAGUAAGCAGGACAAGGAGAAGUCUGGCCAGACGGCCAAAAGUUGGGGGGAGGAUGGCUGGGUGAAAUCUCACUACACCUCCUCCACUACUUCUACUGGUUUUGGAUAUCCCAGGGGUUUGAGGAAACGUAGCAUCAGUCCUGUUCAGGGAGAGCAGGGGACCGGAGACGCUCCAAUUACAGAUGGCUGGAGUCACUACUCGUACCCGGAUAGCGCAGGCAGCAAGAAGAUGAAAACCGAUGACAUAAGUGGAAAGGCAAAUUCAGACGCUGUGGAGAGCAAGACCUCCGAAGGAUGGUUAAAGACGGCAGAUUCAUCAGAUUCAGCAGAGCUGAGUCCGAUCCCUGAUGAUGAGGAUCAAAGCCCCGAGGGCACCACUGAUCCAGCCAGUAAUGCUGAGGGGACUGUCACCUGGGAACAAGCCGCAAUGAAGAGGAAAGGUCAAAAGAGCAAGAAAAAGAAAUCUGAAGGUGCUGAAUCGACAGCGUCGCUGUUUGAGGUCCCAGAAGUCUGGUAGCGAUGGGUGAGGCGUGGAGAGGCCACUGUCCCACACUGAAGCUCCUGCUCUGAGUCUCAACAUCAGCACUUGGGGUACUCUCCUGUAAGGUUGUACAUCGCGGGGAGUGGUGCACACCCUCAGUCCAUUCGUUCACACUCAACAGCUGUGGAUACCGAGUCCAGAGCUACCAGCCAAGCUACAUGACUGGACUAUUGAAAGAGAGAACACAAGCCAUAACGACAGCUGCCAUAUUUUGAUCUUGUGCCAGAGGAGCAGGCAACUCUUCUAGGCAAACACACACACACACACACACACAGAUACACACGACUACACUCUUAAGAAAUAAACUCCAGAAAUGUUGAUCUAUUCUGUGUUCAGACUGGAAUCUGCCACCACAGCCAUGCUAUCAUUUUGAAAUAAUUCAUUAAUUUUAAUGACGGGUCACCUUCAAUCGGUCUCAUUUUGUGAGCGUGGGUCGUGUGUGAGUGUGUGCAUGUGAAGGAGACACAUUUUCUCCAGUCUUUGUAUCCCUGUGAACCCAUUUCCUAAGUCGUGAGACAAAAUACCACUCGACAGGUCCUGUAGUUUACAAUGUCUGGGUUAUUUAGUAUUUUAAUGCAGUCAAAUAUUUUUUCCAUUUUUUUUUUUUAAAAAAAGAAAGGUUAACUUCCCCAGUUUUAUCAAACACAUAUGAGCUUCUCAAUGAUGAUGUGAUGUUUAUAAUUGGUGUCAUUUUGAUCCUUUCAUGAGAGAUUGUGCUUUUUUUUGUACAAAACUGUUUUUCUUUACUUCUUCUGUGUUCGUUUUGUAACUGUGUCAACCCGCAACAAUGUCGAGGUAUGUUCACUUGCAAAAGGUGUAAACGUUAAGAUGACGUGUACAUUUUUGUAUAAGAUAAAAGUUUAAAAAUCUCAUAUUUCCUUGAAAAGGGGAAAAAAUUAAAGAAUGUUUCUUAGUA